ACGAUGCCGCUCAAGAAACCUGACCCAAAAAAGGAAGCAGCCAAAGCAGGUUCAGCCCCGGAGCCAUCCAGAGAACCAGCCUUCGACCCCAAGAGCGUGAAGAUUGAAUUCACUGCAGAGCAGAUCGAAGAGUUCAGGGAAGCCUUCAGCCUGUUCGACCGGACGCCGGCGGGGGCCAUGCAGAUCGCCUACGGGCAGUGCGGGGACCUGCUGCGGGCGCUCGGCCACAACCCCACCAACGCCGACGUCCUGAAGGUGCUGGGCAAGCCCCGCCCAGAAGAAAUGAACACAAAGACGCUGGAUUUUGAGACCUUCCUCCCCAUCCUCCAGCACUUCACCCGCAACAAGGAGCAGGGCACCUUCGAGGACUUUGUGGAAGGGCUGCGUGUCUUCGACAAGGAGGGCAAUGGCAUGGUGAUGGGCGCCGAGCUGCGCCACGUCCUGGUCACCCUGGGGGAGAAGAUGACUGAAAGCGAGGUGGAGCAGCUCAUGGCAGGGCAAGAAGAUGCCAAUGGCUGUAUUAACUACGAAGCUUUUGUCAAGCACAUCAUGUCUGGCUGAAAGCAGAAACUUCAGGUGAGUUUAUCAGGGUCUCUUGCUGUUUACUCUGAAACUGGAAAUCCUGCCUAUGACAGCCAGGGGCAGAGGAAACAAACCCCAAACCCUGCAGUGGACCAAUGCCACAGGGAUAAUCCCAGCUCUGAAAGCCUGAAAAGCUGUGUUUGUGGUAACAAACCUCAUCUGUAACUUGUGCCACUUAAAAUCUAU